AAGAAAAAUAAAACUGUUAUACGGCGGGGCGUUAGUGGACAAUGCUCGCAACGAAUUUUCAGUUGUUCCCAUAUGGAGUUAUCAAGUUCCGGCCUCCGUCCACCGCCACAGCCCGCGGCCAAGAAGAAGCAGAAAACGACAAUUCACGCCCUUAGUCACGAUAUACUCUGCAUGAUUUUCACCUUUCUUGACCUCGUCCAGCUCAUCCGCUGCUCCGCUGUCUGCAAAUCAUGGAGUACAGUCAUCAACAAACUCAAGUUGUUGCAAAUACAAUAUCACAAGCAACAAGAUGCAGAUGCUUUCAGCCUUCCUGCAGCAUCUAUACAAUUAGGAAGAUCAUUAAAUAUUCAUAUGGAGCAGAUUGCUAUUGAACAGCACAGAUUUGCUUUUCACAAAGGCCCUGCUAAUGUUUUCCAGUGGAAAGGUCAUUCAGUUGGGGUCAAUAAGUGCCGCAUGAAGAUGGGACUGUUUCUUACUGGUGUGGGUGACAAGAUGAUGCGUCUCUGGUCAGCAGAAAGUUACAAUUUCUUGGAUGAAUACAGCCUUCCUGAUAAAGCCCCUUUAAUCGAUUUCGACUUUGAUGAGAACAAGGUUGUUGGUUUGGUAGGGACUCGUAUGUGCAUAUGGACGCGUACUGGGACAAGAAACAUAUUUUCUUCUCGUGAUGGCAUGUUUACCAAGGGAUUGUGCAUGAGUUAUGUGGAUCCAGAAGCUGUGGUUGGGUGUGAGGAUGGCAAAGCUCGUGUUUUUGACAUGUAUAGCAGAAAGUGUUCUCAAAUUAUCAAGAUGCAUCCUGGGCCAAUUACAUGCUUAUCUUUCAAUGAUGAUCAGUUACUCAUUUCUGGUUCCUCUCUUGGAAGUAUUUCCAUGUCAGAUAUUUCCUCUGAUCAGCAAGUAACCACACUGAAGCCACUCAGUUCUGCAGGCAUAAAGACAUUGUGCUUUAACCCUCGCUCCAAUCUACUGUUUGCUGGAUCAACUGAUGGCCAUGCAUCUUGUUGGGAUAUUAGGACAUUACGGCGUCUAUGGGAAACACGCGUUAGUCCCAACGUUCUUUAUUCGAUAAAUCAUCUGAGGAAUGACACAUCAACAUUAGUCAUUGGUGGUAUAGAUGGUAUCAUAAGAAUUCUGGACCAGGAUACAGGUCAAGUACUCUCAAGAUGCAUUGUUGACGAUGCUACUGGUGUAUCAAGUCGAUCAAAAGACAGGCAUCAUCAAAUCAUUGAAACAAAGAAGGUGAGAAGGCUCUCUGAAGAUGUUCAGGUUGAUCGUCUGCCUAUAGCUCCUAGACCACCUAUUACGUGCUUAGCUGUUGGGAUGCAGAAAGUUGUUACAAUGAAUAAUGAUAAAUGCAUUAGGGUGUGGAAGUUUAGAACUGAUUAAAUAGUUCUUCAUUAAGUGUUUUAGUUUGUCCAGAUGGAAAUAGUCGUCGAUCUGUCAUAAACAUUAACCCCCAUGCAUGGUGAAGUAUGCAAGAGGCUUUGUGACAGAUUUUUCUCACCAUGUUGUAUUUCAAGGUUACCCAUAUACAAUGAAGAAUGCAAGAGGCUUCCAUAGCAGAUUUUCCUGCCUUAUUAUAUGUCAAGUAUGUUAUAUUCAGAAACUCCA